GUGCUGCCGGGCACCGCGCGGCGCGCAGCUGGCGGGCCCGGGGCGCCGGGUGCAGGCCCGGGGGUCCGGGAGGGCGGGGGGCUCGCCCCGGCUUUCCCAGCGCUGCAGCCUCCCCUCUGCCAAGAAGAAAAGCAAGUGGCUUUUGGCGCGAAAGGCUUGGCGCCUCCCCUGAUUUUUAUGGAAAUCAAGAGGGCGGGGUAUAGCCCCUUCCCUCGGCCCGUCUCCCUCCCUCCCCCCGCCUGUGCCGCAGCCCCUUCUCUCUCCGCCCUCCGGGUGUGUCAGAUUUUUCAGUUAAUAAUAUCCCCCGAGCUUCAAAGCGCAGCAGUGACAGUCAUCUGUCUGGACGCGCCGGGUGGAUGCGGGGGGCUCCUGGGAACGGGGCUGGAGCCGAGCUAGCGCUAGGCAGGCGCAAGCGCGCACACACAAGCCACCCGAGGACCCCCCGCCCCGGCCACCCGGGGACCCCCGCACAGGAUCGCCUCUGCACCCCCAGCCAUCCGCGGGAGAGUCGGAGGUUGGUGCGGUCCCCCGCCCCCCGCGCGCCCCACGGGAAGGAGGCGCCCCAACUAAAAAGAGAGGAGCGGAAAGAAGCUUCUCUUCGCCCGCCGGGAGGCGAGCCGAUGCCGAGCUGCAGCGCGUCCACCAUGCCGGGCAUGAUCUGCAAGAACCCAGACCUCGAGUUCGACUCGCUGCAGCCCUGCUUCUACCCGGACGAAGAUGACUUCUACUUCGGCGGCCCGGACUCGACCCCCCCGGGGGAGGACAUCUGGAAGAAGUUCGAGCUGCUGCCCACGCCCCCGCUGUCGCCCAGCCGUGCCUUCCCGGAGCACAGCCCGGAGCCCCCGAACUGGGCCACCGAGAUGCUGCUGCCCGAGGCCGACCUGUGGGGCAACCCGGCCGAGGAGGACGCGUUCGGCCUGGGGGGCCUGGGCGGCCUCACCCCCAACCCGGUCAUCCUCCAGGACUGCAUGUGGAGCGGCUUCUCGGCCCGGGAGAAGCUGGAGCGCGCCGUGAGCGAGAAGCUGCAGCACGGCCGGCCGGCGGCCGGGCCCGCCGCCCCGGGUCCGGGGACGGGCGCCGCCAGCCCCGCCGGCCGCGGGCACGCCGUGGGGACGGGCCGCGUCGGGGCCGUCCUGCCCUCCGAGCUCGCCCACCCGGCCGCCGAGUGCGUGGAUCCCGCCGUGGUCUUCCCCUUCCCGGUGAACAAGCGCGAGCCCGCGCCCGCGCCCGCCACCCAGGCCGGGGCUCCGGCGGCGGGCCCUGCGGUGGCUUCGGGGGCGGGGGCCGCCGCCCCAGCCGGCGCCGCGAUGGCCUCUCUCGCGCGCCCCGGCGUCCGCCCAGCCGGGGGCGGUGACCACAAGGCUCUCAGCACCUCCGGCGAGGACACGCUGAGCGACUCAGAUGACGAAGAUGACGAAGAGGAAGACGAAGAGGAGGAAAUCGACGUGGUGACCGUGGAGAAGCGGCGGUCCUCCGCCAACAGCAAGGCCGUCACCACCUUCACCAUCACCGUGCGCCCCAAGAGCGCGGCCCUGGGCCCGGGGAGAGCCCAGCCGGGGGACCUGAUCCUCAAACGCUGCGUCCCCAUCCACCAGCCGCACAACUACGCCGCGCCCCCGCCCUUCGUGGAGAGCGAGGAGGCGCCGCCCCAGAAGAAGAUUAAGAGCGAAGCGUCCCCUCGGCCCCUCAAGAGCGUCAUCCCCCCGAAGGCCAAGAGCUUGAGCCCCCGCAACUCCGACUCGGAGGACAGCGAGCGCCGCCGGAACCACAACAUCUUGGAGCGCCAGCGCCGCAACGACCUGCGCUCCAGCUUCCUCACGCUCAGGGACCACGUGCCAGAGCUGGUGAAGAACGAGAAGGCCGCCAAGGUGGUCAUUUUGAAAAAGGCCACCGAGUACGUCCACUCCCUGCAGGCCGAGGAGCACCAGCUGCUGCUGGAGAAGGAGAAGCUGCAGGCCCGGCAGCAGCAGCUGCUCAAGAAGCUCGAACACGCUCGGACUUGCUAAGCGGCUCUCCAAACUGGACAGUCACUGCCACUUUGCACAUGUUGAUUUUUGUUUUUGUUUUUUGUUUUUUUUUACAUUGUGUUGACAUUAAGAAUGUUGGUUUACUUUCAAAUCGGUCCCCUCCCCCCCGUCGAGUUUGGAUCUGGGUGGGGAGCAGGACGUGUGGGGUUGGUUCUGCCAGGACCUCGGGAGAGAGGGCCUGGGUGAUGGGAUGCUGUGCGGCCCUUGACGUUUCCUCCGCGUCACCUCCGAGACAGCCGUGGGAGUGCGUGACAGUGGGGAGCCUCUCGGGCUGUUGAAGUCACCUUGUUGCAAGUCUCCAAACAUCAGAAUGUCAUUCCUUUUAAAAUGGUGCUUACGUUCCAGCCGAUGCCACGGGAGGGGUUUGCCAUGGAGACCCCCGAGGACACUUCUGUAAAUACCACUGACACACCCGCCUUUUGUAUGCGUCCGGGUAAUGAGAGGUGGCUUUUGUGGCCAGUAUUAGACUGGAAGUUCAUACCUAAGUACUGUAAUACCUCAAUGUUUGAGGAGCAUGUUUUGUAUACAAAUAUAUUGUUAAUCUCUGUUAUGUACUGUACUAAUUCUUACACUGCCUGUAUACUUUAGUAUGAUGCUGAUACAUAACUAAAUUUGAUACUUAUAUUUUCGUAUGAAAAUGAGUUGUGAAAGUUUUGAGUAGAUAUUACUUUAUCACUUUUUGAACUAAGAAAACUUUUGUAAAGAAAUUUACUAUAUAUAUAUGCCUUUUUCCUAGCCUGUUUCUUCCUGUUAAUGUAUUUGUUCAUGUUUGGUGCAUAGAACUGGGUAAAUGCAAAGUUCUGUGUUUAAUUUCUUUCAAAAUGUAUAUAUUUAGUGCUGCAUCUUAUAGCACUUUGAAAUACCUCAUGUUUAUGAAAAUAAAUAGCAG